AUGUCUGCAGUCGUUAUCAUAGGUUCAGGUUUAGCUGGUCUCACCACCGCCAACGAAUUAGUCUCAAAAAAUAUUCCAAUUAUCUUAGUCGAUAAGGCCUCCUCCAUUGGUGGUAACUCCAUUAAGGCCUCCUCAGGUAUCAACGGUGCCCACACAAAGACUCAAUUGUCUCUCAACAUCGAAAAUGAUUCUCCAGAAUUAUUUUUCAAUGAUACUGUCAAGUCUGCUAAGGGUAAAGGUGUCGAAGAAUUAAUGGACAAAUUAUCCAAGGAUUCCAAACAUGCAAUUGAAUGGCUACAAAGUGAACCAUUCAAUAUCAAAUUGGACUUAUUGGCUCAACUAGGCGGUCACUCCGUUCCAAGAACUCACAGAUCUUCAGGCAAGUUGCCACCUGGAUUUGAAAUAGUCUCCGUUCUUUCUAAGAGAUUGAAGGAUUUGGCUGAAUCAAAUCCUGAUUUAGUGAAGAUCUUCUUGGACAGCAAAGUCGUUGAUGUUAAAGUUAACGCACAAAAUGAGGUCACUGGUAUAGAAUACGAGAAUAAAGAUGGUGAAAAUAAGACUCUUGAUUCUAAUAAGGUCGUCUUCUGCUCAGGUGGUUUCAGCUUCUCCAAAGAAAUGCUUUCCAAGUAUGCUCCAGAUCUAGUCAAAUUACCAACCACUAACGGUGCUCAAACUACUGGUGAUGGCCAGAGAAUCUUAGAAAAAUUAGGUGCUGAUAUGAUCGAUAUGGAUCAAAUUCAAGUCCAUCCAACCGGUUUCAUCGACCCAGCUGACCGUACCUGUGCUUGGAAAUUCUUAGCUGCUGAAGCUUUAAGAGGUCUUGGUGGUAUCUUAUUGAACCCAUCUACUGGUAAGAGAUUCGUUAAUGAAUUAUCGACCAGAGAUGUUGUCACUGAUGCCAUCCAAACUCAGGGCCCAAAGGAAGAAAAUAGAUCCCUAUUAGUCAUGGGUGAAGGUAUUUACGAUGUCUUAAAGAACAAUUUAGAUUUCUAUAUGUUCAAGAAAUUAGUUAAGAAGGUAACUUUGAAAGAAGUUGUUGACAAUUUCAAAUUACCAAUCACUGCCGAAGAAUUGGCUCAAGAAUUGACACAAUACCAAACCAACUCCGCUGAUCAAUACGGUCGUGCAUUAGUCACCAAGAACUUCGGUGAAAAUAUUAAUGCCCACACUAGUGUAUUUAUUGGUGAAGUUACACCAGUCGUCCACUUCACCAUGGGUGGUGCUAAGAUCAACAGCAAGGCAGAAGUUGUCAACAAGGAUGGUUCAAUUCUUGCUAAAGGCUUAUACGCUGCUGGUGAAGUUUCUGGUGGUGUUCACGGUGCUAACAGAUUAGGUGGUUCAAGUUUACUAGAAUGUGUCGUCUUCGGUAGAACUGCUGCAGCAAGCAUUUCAGAAUCUGCUUAA